GACUCCCACAACUUUCACUUGGAGCGGGCGGUCGGUCCACUCACCCUGAGGCCGCCGCGCGUCUUUCCACGAGCAGCCACGGAGAAACACGCGCGUGAUGGGCAACUCUUUACGCGCGGCUGCCCUUCUGGCUUUCGUGGUCCUUUCUAUUCUGGUGUCACUGUUGAUCAGCAGCGUGCAGCAGUUCGGAGCCAGAAUUACGCACUUUUCCAACGCAACUCCUGCUGGUGAUGACGAGCAGCUGGAGUCUCUCCGCGGGGCGUUGAUCCAGCAACUCAACCAAAGACGCAAAGAAAUUCUUCCACUGCUCGUGCCCGAUGAUGAGGAUGAGAACUACGCCUUUUCUAAACGUGACCCGGCGCUGGAAUCCACUGUGGAUUCUAACCUUUGGAACCAAAUCACGCAUGGCACCAGCAGAGCGCAUAUGGAUGCAAUGGGCUGUGAGUCCCUGGUGGACAUGAAGGCGGUGGAGAUCCUCGGCUCUGGUUACACCAAACUGGUUGUCAAAGUGAAUUUAGCCGGAGGUCAGCCCGUGGCGUUGAAGCUGGUCAACGAGCAGGGGAUAGACAUGGGGAAAUGCGUGGAGGACUUUAAGGACCCACAAGGCUGCAGAGAGCUGGUUGGAUACAAGUUAAAGAAAGAAAUCGUCCUGUUGCAGAGACUUCAGCAUCCAAAUGUCAUAAAGCUCAGGGGUCACUGUGUCGGAGAUCCAGGAGGCCAGGGAGGAAGAGGAGCAGAAGGAGGAAGACUCACAGUCAUUCUGGAGCAGGGAAAUCCUCUACAGAUGAUCCAGCUGCUCCAGAGCCCCUGGGAGGAGAGGUUUAGGGUUUGUCUGGAUCUGGUCAGACUCCUGCACUUCCUGUCCCAGUCCCCUCUGGGCUCCGUGGCCCUUCUAGACUUCCAGCCGCGGCAGUUCGUCACUGUGUCCGGCGAGCUGAAGCUAACAGACCUGGACGACGCCAGCGCCGAGGAGACUGCCUGCCAGACGGACGCCGACUGCACCCUCCAGUUUCCACAGAAAAACUUCACUCUGCCGUGCUCGAGUCGGGGAGUGUGUGAGGGCCUGAACGAGAAGAGGAACAUUUACAACGCCUACAGGUACUUUUUCACUUACCUGCUGCCUCACCAGGCUCCGCCCGGCCUCACACACCUGGUAAACCACAUCAUGAACUCCACAGGGGAGCUGAAAGCCGACAUCAAUCAGACGCUGGAGGCCUUUGAACACAUCCUACUUCUCUAUAAGUCUGGUCUGCACCUGGACAACCUGCCUCCAUCAAUAAUCAGAGAUUACACUGUGAUGCAAGGCAUGGGGACCUCUGGGAACGUGGAGUACCGCUGCUGGCCGUCCUACAGUCAGCAGGGCUGUGUGUUGUCUGUCCACAGCGCCCGAGAGGCUGCACACAUCUGCAACUCCCACUCACAGUGCACCAGCUUCACACUCAGCGGACAGAGGACGUGGACGGGUCGUCUUCUAGCCUCUUUCCGGAGCGGCUUCAGUCAGCUGGUGCCUGAUAGCACAUCAGAGGUAUACGUGAAGAAAACCAAAGGUUCUGAAACUCCUUCAGACAUUUGACAUUUAACGAGGACCAAAGAGAGCAAUCCUUUUUUUUUAUUUAAAAGCACCUUUUGGAGUUAUUACAGGGUAGAAAGAGGGGGUAACACACACAGUCUAUGAUGUGAAGCAAAGCAAGAUGUUGCGCUUAAAGAUGAGAGCUGUGUCCUCCUCGCGAACGUACUGAACGCUGCCAGGGCUCCGUGGAUUUUGCAGAAGGUUGGAGGAGGCGAUGUUUGAAGUGAAGCAAGUGAAUGUGAUGUAUUUAUAGGGCUUCUGCUCAGUGACUGUUUGAUGUGCCUGCCAGCUCACUGCCUCUGCCAACUACUAUUUAAAGGGAUUUCCCUUCAGGUACAAUUAGAGAGGGAGAGCCUUGUGCCUUCGACAUGUUUUUUUUUUCCUCCUACUUUGCCUGUAUUUGCCAUGUGUUGGCUUUUGUUGCGAGAUCGAGUCCCCGUAGUAGAAUUUUAAGCCAAAGAGGUAAUAAGAACAGCCGCUACAACACGGCAUCUGAAGCCUGAGGACGAGGAAAGAAAACAAGCUCUUAUACAAAUACACUUUGAUGUUAAUGUGCUGAGGUUGCGGCAGUUUUUUUUUUUUUUUCAUGGUUCCCUGGAUUUGCUGCGCUGUGGUAUGAGAUGGCAAGAAGCAUGUAAGCAUUUACACAUCAACAAUGAGCGACGAUGAUUAAAACCAUUCCAGACCGUGUUUUUGUAAACUUAGAUUAAAGUGUUUAGUCAUAAAUAUUUAUAUGAUCGAAUGAAAUGUAAUUGUUCUUAAACGUGCACCUUGUGGGUGAAACUUUUAUUUUCAAUGAAAAAUUAUUCACUUCAGUGUUUUUUUUAAUAUUUCACUUGUACAGUUUUACAAUUUGUAAUUAUAUAAAUGUAUGAUUUCUA